CAAUUUUUCCUGCGGCUGCUCCACUUACUUUCUUUCCUCCUUCUACUGGGCUACUGUCAACCGUUCUCCUCACCAAUCUCUUUCAGUAUCACUUCGUUUCCAAUGGCGAGCUCAGCUGUAAUUGGAUGGAGGAGUCUGUUCCUUCUAUUGGCCUCAAUAAUGGUUGCAACUCUCGUUUACACAAUCGCCACUCAUGGCUCUCCUUUCCGCACAGAACAUCUCUCACGGUUCAUGGUGGCAUUAUUAAUUGAUUUCUAUUUCAAUGUCAUAGUUAUUGCGACAUGGGUUUGCUAUAAGGAAUCAAACUGGAUUUCUGCAGCGAUUUGGAUAGUUUUUCUUGUAUGUCUUGGCAGUGUGGCUACAUGUGCCUACAUUCUUUGGCAGUUGUGGCAAUUAUCGUCUCAGGAAUCCUUUGAAGAUAUUAUGUACAAUGUUCUGACUAAGGAUCCAAACAAGUAUGCACUGAAUGGCGUGCAGCAGCAUAGGAAGCACUCCAAUAUUAUGAUUGCAAAAAUAGGUUUUGGUGCUAUGGGUUGUUUGAUGGUGGUAACUUUGGCCUAUCUUUUCAGCGACGGUUCACCUUUUCACAAGGAGCUUUAUACACCCUGGGUGGUGACCACGCUGAUUGAUUUCUAUAUAAAUGGCACAGCUUUAUCAGUCUGGAUGUUCUAUAAAGAAGAAUCGUGGCUUACUGCACUCGUUUGGAUAGUUCUAUUCAUAAUCUUUGGGAGCGCCUCUUCAUGUCCUUUCAUUGUUAAGGAGCUAUUCAAGCUCAACUCUGAAGAUCCAGCAUACCUUGUUUUAUUUAAAAAUUCCAACAGGUCAGAAAGAAAGUAUGAAAGCACAUCGGAUGGUAGAUAGAUGACUCUAGCUCGUUCCGGUACGAAUUGAAAAUGUGAUAUUGAAAGCAGAAUCCAAAUCGAUGUCAUGUUUUUUUUUUGUUUAAUUGAAGAGUUCAAGUAUGGUAGUUUCUCCAUUAUUAUUACCUUGUUGACGUUUAGAAAAACUCCAUAGCAGAUGGUGUAUCUUUAAUAGAUGUAUGCACGUAAUAUUGUUUUAUAGUAUGUAUAUCGAAUAUUUGAGAUUUAAAUGUAUGAAAUAAUAAAUAAUAAA